UAACUUAAAUCUUUCUUUAAUACUACCAUAUUUCAUAAUAAUGAUAUUUUUUAUAUCACGGUUUAAUACCCUCUUUUAGUAUGCAAAAGGUUGAUAACUAAGGUCAUUCAGAAAGUUGAAGGUAGCGGCGACGAGUUGAGCAUGUGAAUGCGAUCAGCUGUAAUCAUAAGUCGUUUCAGAGGAUGCUUGAAAUGACCCCAUGUUCCCAAACUGUUUGUGGAAAUGCCCCACUGAAAUUACCUACUGAUACUCUUAACCAACGCUUUCACUAUUCGAAUUUCAGCUGUCACUAAAUGCAAACUCAGCGAUUGAUGUUUCUUCGUCGAUUUGCAACAACAUUGAAGCCUUUUCCGAGGCCUAGAUUCUUCAGCAGCCAUGAUAUUGCCAAAACUAUUGCCGAGCUCAAUCAGGAAAUGGAGUUUGUUUUUGGUGCCCCUCCCCCGUCAUCCAUUUCUAGCUCAUCAGACAGUCCAACACUAGAUCAAGAACCACAUCAUGAAACCAACGGUGUCGAUUCAGAAAGAGCGCCUCCUUCAGGAUUGACUCACGUUGAUGGCAAAGGUGAAGCCCUAAUGGUUGAUAUCUCCUCCAAGGAGAUAACCAAGCGAGUGGCACUUGCUAGUUGCAAAGUUGUGUUGGGUCAGAAGGUGUUUGAUUUGGUCUCAGCCAACCAAAUGGAGAAAGGGGAUGUUCUCGGUGUGGCCAAGAUUGCUGGAGUCUGCGCUGCAAAGCAAACGAGCAAUCUCAUCCCAUUGUGCCACAACAUCAACCUGUCUCGUGUUCAUGUGGAUCUGGCCUUGAACCCUCACGAUUUUAGCAUUGAGGUACGGGGUGAAGCUGUCUCGACUGGGAGAACCGGGGUCGAGAUGGAAGCCCUGACUGCUGUCACGGUUGCUGGCCUUACAGUAUAUGAUAUGUGCAAGGCUGCUUCCAAGGAUAUUGUCAUUACAGAUGUGAGGCUUGAACAGAAAAGUGGAGGUAAGAGUGGGGAUUGGUCCAGGUAAGUUCUUGAUUUCUGGUUUUUUGUGCUUGGAAGGUUUGUACCAUGUGCAUUGCGGUGAUUGUGAAUUUAAGUUAUUUUGUUGUUAUCUCUGAGAUUUGAAUUGGGGACUCUAUUCUUCAGUCUGUUUUAAUAUUUUAUUGUGCUUCGAAGGUUUGUAUUA